CGACAGGCUCCAGAUCUGGGAGCGGAGCAGGCCUCGACCAGCCGCGGCAUGCGCCAGCGGGUUUAUUGCGUCUGAACAAAAGCUCUAGUUGUGCCGCCAUCUCCGGCUGGCACCAGUGCCUAGGAGGCAAGAGAAGAGAAAUGGAUAAAUACCUGGAUCGCCGUCCCAUUUGUGUUCCCUGAUAAACUCCACCCCUACGCACAAGCCACAGCUCAAAAUCCACUGUCCUCGCCCGCUAUCUUUUCACCUUUGAUCUGUCACUCCAAACAGAAAACAAACAUCAGCAGAAACCCAGCAAGAAGACAGUAAACAUGUCCAAUAUCAAUGGUCAAGAGGUGGGCCCUAUCGGCUACGGUCUGAUGGGCCUCACCUGGCGAGCCACUCCCGUGCCGGAAGAGCAGGCGUUUGAGGCUAUGAAGACGGCUCUGGAUGGCGGCUGCAACUUUUGGAACGGCGGCGUGUUCUACGGCACCCCCAGCUACAACAGCAUGGUGCUCCUGGAGCGCUACUUUGCUAAGCACCCCGAGGACGCCGACAAGGUGGUGCUCAGCAUCAAGGGCGGCAUCGACGUGACGACCCUCGUGCCCGACGGCUCAGCCGAGGGCGUGAGGCGUUCCAUCGACUCGUGCCUCGCGCAGCUCAAGGGCCGCAAGAAGAUCGACGUCUUCGAAUGCGCACGGCGCGACGCCAAGGUCCCCCUCAGCGAGACGCUGGGCACUAUCCAGCGCGAGUACGUCGAGACGGGCAAGGUCGGCGGCGUCGCGCUGAGCGAGGUGUCGGCCGCGACGAUCCACGAGGCUGUCAAGGUGACCAAGAUCGUCGCCGUCGAGGUGGAGCUGAGCCUGUGGUCGCUCGACGUGCUGCACAACGGCGUGGCGGCGGCGUGCGCGCAGCACGGCAUCCCGCUAGUCGCCUACUCGCCCCUCGGGCGCGGCUUCCUGACAGGCCAGGUCAAGUCGGCGGCGGACCUGCCAGAGGGUGAUUUCAGGCACCACCUGCCGCGCUUCCAGAAGGAGAACAUGGAUGCCAACGCGGGCCUGCUCGCCACGGUGCAGGAGCUCGCGAGCAAGAAGAGCUGCACGCCCGCUCAGCUGGCCAUCAACUGGGUCCGCUGCCUCAGCGAGCGGCCCGGCAUGCCGCGGAUCAUCCCGAUUCCGGGGGCUACUGCGGGGUCGCGCGUCAAGGAGAACUCGACCCUGGUCGAGCUGACCGACGCCGACAUGUCCGAGAUCCAGGAGGCCAUCUCCAAGUUCGAAGUCAAGGGAAACCGGUACCCCGACGGCGCCCUCGUCAACACGUGAGAGGGCAGUUCAGACGACACAUGGGUGUCAUGGGUUAAGUGCGAUCUGGGCAGGGAACUAUCUAUCGCAUCCAAGUCAGCAAGUCUGGUUUGUUUCCGCUGGAAAGCGGCGACGACGGCGAGUGAUUGUUCCACGGCUCCAAUCAGAGGUGAAUUGUAUCUUGUCUACAUCCACGGCUUGCGCCGUUUUGGAAUUGCAGAAUUCAUGGGAUAUUCAUCAGGCAGAGCGGGCAGCCAGUCGUUGCGGCACAGGGAGGUUAUGUAAACUUACGCUAGGUCUAGUCAGAGAACAAAUAAAAGUCUACUAUUUCUUUGCUGAA